AACCGAUUUACUAAAGGCGUUGCCAACAUACACUUGGAAAAUGGACCCAUUUAACGAAGUUAGAGACGAUGCAUGGAAAGCUAUAGCUGUUUUAGAAGAAAUAAUAGGUCAACGAAGAUCCCAACCAGCCUCAGCUGACGUUUCUGCACUCUCGCAAGAUUUCGAUAACAACUACCAAGAACUUCUAGAAAUAUAUGAAGAUUUACAGCAGGCUAUAGCUAUAAGUGAGUCACAACCACAGCGAUUCAAUCUCUCACCACAAGAGCUUCUGAAGAGGAAACAUAUCCUUGUUGAUCUAGACCGAAGAGCUAGUGAGUUGAAAUCACAGUGGGAUAAUGUCAAUUCCAAGUUACGAGCUGUGACUACCAUGUCCAACAGAAUAAGUCAAGAUGGUAAUAUGAUCUCUGAGAAUCCCUUUGCUGACGCUGCUGGUGAAGGGUCAGGAAUGACACAUUUCCAAGAACAACAAAUGAUCCAAGAACAAGACUUACAAUUGGACAGCAUUCAUGUGACAAUGCAGAACUUAAAUCAACAAGCUCAAAUAAUGGGGAAUGAAUUAGAAGACCAAGGAUUUAUGUUAGAUGAUUUAGAUUAUGAAAUAGACAAUGUUGACAAUAAGUUGCAACGAGGUAUGAAAAGAAUCAACAUCUUCUUAGAAAGAAAUAAAGAAACUGCCAGUAAUUGGUGCAUAGGAAUCUUAGUAGUGGUACUAUGUGUAUUAUUGGUGAUUUUGAUCAUAGCAUAAUUAUUUAGAGUAAUAGAAAAUCUACAAUAUUACCAAAUACUCAUAUUCUUAUAGGUGCUAUGUAAGAUCUUACCAAAUACAAUUAAACCCUGGAAGUUGAUGAUUGAGAAUUCUAUCCUGGUAAUCCAUUAAUCCUUGAUAAGACAUUCAAGUGAAAUACUUUUGUUCUGCUGUCUUGUAUGGGGAACGGUAAUGAAAUCAUCAUCAACAAAGUUGAAAAUAAUUUCAAACACAAAAUAAACCUUUUCAGGUUCCUUGAAGUUCAGUAUACGCACCUGGUAUUUCUUUAAUAAACUUAUAUGACUUUUGAUAAAGGACAAAUUAGGCCAGGGAUAGUCGAGAUCAAUUUUGUUUUCUGGAUAAUACUAAAAUUAUUAAGUAGUAGAAUUCUAUAAGAUCAACAUAGUAUUCAAGCAGCUUGAUCUGAUACAUCAACAAGUAGAGAACUGCUUGGGUAUUGAUAGGUUUCUUUGGGUCAAUCUUUUCCAUGUUGGCUUUUGAUUAGGUUUGUAGAUACAUUUUAUAGAGUUGAGGGUUGUCAAAUUUAAGAGU